AUGUCCAAACUUAAUAUUCGAGCUUUGCUCGAUGCGUUUUCUACCGUUAUCUUGUCUAUCUAUCCUCUUGCUCAAAGGGCCAACCAGCCGUGUCAUUCACAUACUUUAGCUCUCAACCAAUUUUUAUAUGAAACCAUUCGCCGUAGUCAUACCGACUACACCACCCUCAUCCUUGCUUUAUACUACUUUAUCAGCUUUCGUGAACGUGCGUUUGUUGAACCCCAAAAGUAUAUUCCUUUGCUUUGCGGUCGCCGUCUGUUCUUGGUUUGUUUGAUUGCCGCUACCAAAUUCCUGCAUGAUCGUAGCUUUAGCAACCGUGCUUGGUCUAGACUUUCCCAAUUGCCCGUGGAUAAACUCCUAAUCCUUGAGCGAUUGUUUUACCAGGGCAUUGAUUAUCGUCUUCUUGUAGCCAAACAUGUCUUUGCUCGCUGGUCUUUGCUAAUCGGCGAAUGCUACAUUCAAGCUACUUCUUACUUGUCAAGCUCAUCCGAUCCCGCUUUGGAUUUUCGCAAAUUUUCUCCUCAUUGGAUCUCUUUGUUUUCCAAUGUGCAGUCUUCUUUAAACGAUUAUCUUUCCGUUGCUUACAUUACAAAGAUUGCCCAGCAAAGGAUGAACAGCCGCAUGUCCGCCAUGCAUCGUAUGAAUACAUGCUUUUCCCAACAAAUCCCUUCUUCACCAGAAAGCUCCGCCUCUACAAGUCCUUCAUCAACUCCUAUAAUGGAUGGAAUCAACGCAAACACAAAUUUGACUGCAAACACUGGACUGCAAACAUCUGUUGUUCAACCUCCUCUCCCAGUGAGCUAUCCCAAUUGCCCAAGAGUAUUAACUCGGUCGAAUGGAAACGUGCCCCCUCAGUUUGCCGUGCCUCUUUUAGCACAGACACCGAAUGUGAGGCAUCAGAAUUUACCUCCUACUCCAUCCUCUCCCCAGCCGUUGUCGUAUCGACCAGUACAUCCUGAAAGCUUCUUGAUAGAAACUUCCAUUCCAUCAGUGCAGUCCGCCUCAUCCCUUCCAUUCCAUACAUCUCAUGCAACUCCUUUCCCUUCUACUAUUCAUAAUGAUAGAAAUGGCGGCCCUUUUCCUACAGUAAUGGCAGAUCCGGUACUUGCCCAACCAACAGCUCCUUUAAAAAAAGUGAGUAUUCCUAUGCUAAUAUCGCAACAGAAAAGGCCGUUCAACGAUGUCACAACUCUCUCUCCAAGUUAUUCAUCUACGAAGCGCAAUCGUCUCGUGUGA